AUUUUUUUAAAAAAAACGGACGUCAAAUAUUACUAAAUAAAAAUGAUUUUUAACCUUUACCGAUAAUUUGAGAACUUAUUUUUAUUGGAUAUUCGGUUGUUGCCGGGAGCCAAUUAUCUGUCACCAUGGCGGAUGAAAACUGAGAGAAACUGAAAUGAGUCAAAGAUAGCGAAACGAGGACAGAGAAGCCAAAAAUGGCCGAAGGACUAUGGACAGUGGUGGAGCUGUUUGGUGCCGCAGCUUUUCUUCUCCUAAUCGCCAUUUUUACACUCAUCUUUUUCGAUGCUUUCAGACGUCGAUUUAACAACGUUCAUGUUGAUGAUCAAGCGAUUUUCGAAGAUCCGAAUUCUCUUAAACCAGUUCGAUGCCCUUCUAUAUUUGAACCUGCAGAGAAGUAUAUAUCUUUGAUCAUUCCUGCAUUCAACGAGGAACUUAGACUUUCUAGUGCACUUGAUGAAACUAUGAACUAUUUGCAGCAGCGUGGUGAGAAGGAUGAAUCAUUUACUUAUGAGGUUGUGGUUGUGGAUGAUGGGAGUGCCGAUGGGACGAAUAGAGUAGCUUUUGAUUUUGCUAAGAAGUAUAAAGUGGAUUUUGUCCGGGUUCUUCUACUUGGAAGAAACUAUGGCAAGGGAGAAGCUAUAAGAAAAGGAAUGCUUCAUUCACGUGGUGAAUUGCUUCUAAUGCUGGAUGCAGAUGGGGCGACAAAAGUCAAUGACUUGGAGAAACUUGAGAUGCAGAUUCAUGCAGUUGCUGAAAGUAGGUUGGAUUCGAAUGCUGCUUCUGGUGAUUCGAGUUUGGGAAUAGCUGGUGUCCCUGUUGUUGCAUUUGGUUCUCGUGCUCAUCUUGAGGAGAAGGCCCUUGCUACGAGAAAAUGGUAUCGCAACUUUUUGAUGAAAGGAUUUCAUCUCGUUGUUCUCUUGGUUGCUGGUCCUGGGAUUCGUGAUACUCAGUGUGGUUUUAAGAUGUUCACCAGGGCCGCUGCACAAAAGCUUUUCAGAAAUGUUCGUUUGAAAAGGUGGUGUUUUGACAUAGAACUUGUCUACUUAUGCAAGUGGUUCAGAAUUCCCAUGGUCGAGAUAUCUGUUACUUGGUCUGAAAUUCCCGGAUCAAAAGUCAAUUUAUUAAGCAUACCCAACAUGCUUUGGGAGCUUGCUCUCAUGUCUGUUGGUUACAGAACAGGUAUAUGGAGAAUCGAUGUCUAAGAUAAUUUGGUGUAUGCCUAAUGCCUAUAAAAAUGAUACCUUUUCGUAUACGGUAAGACAGACACAAAGGCUUCUGGAUUUACACAGCAUGAGUAACUUAGAAUUUUUGUCUACAUUUCACACAUCGAAAGCCAAGGCCGAAGGACUGUACAGUUGAGGAUAUAAAGGUUGUUUGCCUAACAAUAACCUUUCUUCAAAGGAAAGAACUAUAUUAAUUUUGGAGUGAUUUGUACUUAACAGUCUAACUAGUUGAAUAGGUAGCGAGUAUACCCAAAUACAAAGUUAAAAACUUAAUUUCUUGCCUUUUAGUUUAAGCUUGAGCAGCCACAUGAAUCAUUUGUAUUGUUUCUUUAAUGUAGCAAAUGUCAUCUGAUGGUUGGCGUUAAAAAUUUCGAGUUA